AUGGAAAUGAAUGCCACCUCCGGAGGUGCGGAAGGCCAGCGUGAGAUCUACCACCAGAAGCCGGAAAAUAAGGAUGAAGAGAAAGCACAGCACUCUGAAGACGAGCAGGAAAAGCGCAAGGAAAAGAUGGGGAAGAAAACUUUGGCAGAUGUAAUUCAAGAAAUGAAAACUUUCCUGUGGAAUUCAGAGAAGAAAGAAUGUAUGGGAAGAACAGCUCAGAGCUGGGGCUUGAUCUUAUUCUUUUACCUCAUUUUGUACAUGUUUCUGGCUGGGAUGUUCUCCUUUUGUAUGUAUGGGUUGCUGCUCACUCUGAGCCCCUACACGCCUACGUACAGGGACAGAGUCUUGCCGCCAGGAGUAAUGAUUAGACCAUACUUACAUGGAUUUACCAUUGCCUUCAAUGUCUCCGAACCCAGCACAUGGACACCUUAUGUGAACAGCAUGCAUCACUUCCUACAAGCUUAUGAUGACAACGUUCAAGAGGAAAAGAACAUUGAGUGCCCAGCAGGCCAAUACUUUGUUCAAGAUGGCGCGGAAAGCGAAGAGAAGAAAGCCUGCCAGUUCAAGCGAUCACAACUGCAGAACUGUUCUGGGAUUGAGGAUCCCACGUUUGGCUACUCUACAGGCCAGCCAUGCAUCUUGCUGAAGAUGAACCGGAUCAUAGGCUAUCGACCUGGCUAUGGGACACCUGUGAGCGUGAACUGUGCCGUUCAGAAAGGCAAUGAAAGUGCUCUUCAAUCAGUGGACUUCUAUCCAGGCAACGGAACAUUUGAUCUCAUGUACUAUCCCUACUAUGGCAAACUCACUCACGUCAACUACACCUCCCCACUGGUGGCUCUGCACUUCACAGAUGUGAAGAAGAAUGAUUUUGUCCCCAUUCAGUGCAGGCUGAAUGGGGAAGGAAUUGUGAAUGAUGUGACUAAUGAUCGUUUCCUGGGCCGAAUCACCUUCACACUCAGCAUCAGAAUGUAG